AUGGCACAGCAAGUUCUCCAGACUGGACGGGCUGACAGAACCAGAGCACACGUUGCGGCACUCUGGGCCAAUGUGAACGGCCCUGGCGAUUGGAACGUAGCACACCAACAUGCAGAAGAUGGUGCAACUGGUGAGGCAGUGCCCCGGAUUUCUGGAGUUUACUAUCCAAGCCUGGGUCCAGAAGAUGCUGUGUGCAAAGCCCAGUUGCAGUUUCCUGGGUGUGACUGCUCGCCGACCUAUCCAUGCGCGAGUGACGGCUGCAGUGUGGAUCCGAAGCCUGGCAUGUUGGUUCUGUUUCCAGCCUCCUCCCUGCACAGCGUGGCAGCAUGCGAUGACAGUGGUGGACUACAUGGUACCGGUGCGCCAGCUGCACGGAUUUCUUUUGCGUUCAAUUUGUUGACGCGAACCUUGUCUUCGGAUCUUCAGGCUCAGGCUGCUGCUGGGAACCUGUCUGGUGUUCCUCCUCUUCAAGCGCGGGCUGACGUAAAUGCCAAGGAUGCCCUGGGCUUCGCAGCCUUACAUCAUGCCGCAGAGGCUGGGCACCUUGCCAUGGUUGAUCUUCUAUUGGAGCAGGGGGCCGACCCAAUGCUCUUGUCUGGCAACGGCUCCCUCGCACUGCAUCUGGCCCUGGACUCAAACAAUGCGGAGGCGGCCACCCGACUGCUGGAGGCCGUCCCGUCUUCCGCUACACAGGCGGGCGGUACCGGAAGCAUGCCUGCCCACAUUGCUGCUGGACAUGGGAACGUAGAUCUCCUCGGCCGCCUACUGCAGCUUCGGGCGGACCUGCAGUCCAAGCAGCACGACGGCAGCACGCCAUUGCACACCGCGGUGCAAAACGGCCAUGCUGAGGCAGUCCAGUUUAUCCUGCAGGAGCCGUCGGUGCCUCACGACGCGGUCAAGGCUGCAGAUGCAAGAAGGUAUCAGCCUGCACAUGAAGCAGCGCGUGGGGGCCUUUUGCCUAUCUUGUCUGAGCUGCUGUCCGCAAGGGCUGAUCUGAAAGCCAAGGACGACAAAGGACACUCCCUGUUGUAUUGGGCAGCACACGGUGGGCACGUGCAGGCCCUGGACCUGCUUCUGCAGGCCGGAGCCAGGAUCGAAGAUGCUCCAGAAGUGCCUGUGGUCGAAGGCGGCCAGCGAGGUGAGGCAAUGGCAAACUACUUGGCGGCAGCCCUGGUGGGUCCUCAGCUUGAUCAAGCAGGCUCUGGGAACACCCCGCAGCUACAGAUGAGCGAGAUGACUCUGAUGCAUGUCGCUGCUACGGCUGGUCAUACAAGCAUUGCUCAGCGCCUGCGGGAGUUGGGAUUGUCGCCCAGCGCGGGCGCAUCGUCGGCUCGAGUCCAGCCACUCCACUUGGCUGCAACGGGUGGUCAUGUGGCCAUGCUACGCUGGCUACUUCAAGCUGGGGUAAAAGUGGAUGCGCCCGCACGUGGCGACCUUCGCCCAAUCCAUUUUGCAUCGCUGGACGGGCAUCUGCCGCUUCUGGAGGCCCUGCUGUCUGCACGCGCUUCGCCGAGCGCUUCCGCAGCGGAUGGAAGCAGCCCGUUGCACGUAGCUGCUUCGAAGGGGCAUCAGGAGACAGUGCAACUUCUGUGA